AUGGUCAGAGUAGAAACAGUUGAAGUCAAUCGAAGCCCAGAUUUGGUCAGGAAGAUAAGCUACAGCUCAACUUUACCAGGCUACGAUUAUGCUAUCAGUCCGGAAGCUCCUUAUUGGCAUACGAGAGUCGUCGGUGCGGAAUGGAUGCGAGUGGAUUUUGACACUUGCUUGACUCUUACUGGACUAAAGCUUCAAGCCUCGGGUCUCGAAGGCGCAAAAUGCUGGGUGCAGUCUUUCUCCGUCCAAGUCGUCCGAGAAAAUGGCGAUGUCGAAUUUAUCAACGACUCGAAAUCCUUCCGAGGAAAUACGAAUGCUCACUCGACGAAUACAGUCACCUUCAAUCGGCCGCAAACUUGCAAGGGGCUUCUUAUUCUCCCCGAAACUGCUAAAAACGAUGUUAUUUCCCUGAAACUCUGGCUUUCUUAUCUCAAAGUCUAA